AUGAAGAGCCUGAAGGCCAAGUUCAGGAAAGCGGACAGCCAGGACUGGACUAAGAAUGAUGAGAAACUCCUGCAAGCUGUGGACUACAACGAUGCCGGGAGGGUGACAUCUCUUCUCGUCCGCAAGGGCCUGGUCCCCACCAAGCUGGACUCGGAGGGCAAAUCUGCGUUCCACCUGGCCGCCAUGCGGGGGAACGUGGACUGCCUGGAAGCCAUGCUGGCUCAUGGUGUGGAUGCCAUGACGAAGGACAGCUCAGGUUACACUGCCCUGCACCUGGCAUCCAAGCAUGGCCAUCCACAGUGCGUCAGCAAGCUGUUGCAGGCUUCCUGCCCUGUGGACGUGGCCGACGGCAGUGGCCGAACAGCGCUGCACCACGCAGCGGUCAGCGGCUGCAUCUCAUGCUUGGAGAUCCUCUGUGAUUUCAAGGCUCCCUUGAACAUCAAGGACAAGGAUGGCUCCACGCCGCUGAUCCUUGCUGCCAAGAUGAGCCACUCAGAGCUGUGCCGGUACCUGCUGCACCGCGGUGCGGCUGUCAACAGCCGGGACCUGCAGGGGAGGACAGCCUUGAUGCUGGCCUGCGAGAACGGCAGCGUGGAGACGGUGGAGGUGCUCGUCAGCGCCGGUGCCCGGGUGGCCGUGGUGGACUCCACAGGUCACGAUGCUGCGCACUACAGCCUGGCCACGGGCAACGCUCUCAUCCAGCACUUCCUGCAAGAGGCUGCUCAGCGCCGGUCCUGGGCCAGCGAAGAGGAGUCGACUGAGCAGACGUCCCAGACGUCUUCGCCCAGCCAGUCGUCCGUCAGGGAGAAGAACAGCACCCCAAGGAAGAGGAAAGCCCCUCUGCCUCCCCUGGGCACCCCCGGCCAGGAGGACCGGGACGCUUACGAGGAGAUUGUACGGCUGCGGCAGGAGCGGGCCCAGUUCUUGCAGAAGAUCCGGGGCUUGGAGCAGCAGGAGAAGAAGAGACGGGAGCAGGCAGAGCUGGAUGAGGGCUCCCGGCGCUCCAUGGAGAAGCAGAUCCAGGAGCUGGAGGAGCGGCUGGCGGAGCGGGAUGGUGAGAAGGAGCGGCUGGGCAAGGAGGUGGAGGCUCUCUGGAGCCGCUUGUCCUCGCUGGAGAAUGAGAAGGAGAACACAAGCUAUGACAUCGAGACACUGCAGGACGAGGAGGGAGACGCACUGGAGUUCCCAGGUAGGGCCCUGCCUGCCUCCCAAGGCCCCUGUGGGGCUGGACAUCCCUCGGGGAGGUGGCACCCCGUGGCAGGGAGCGGGGACAUGGGUGCGCAUGCACUGGAGUCCCUACAUCCCACAGGGGCAGAGCUGCUGCUCUCCAAGAAGACGCUGAGCCCCUCAGCCGAGGAGCUGCUGGCCACGCUGCAGGGGCAGGUGCAGUCCCUCACUGUGCAGAACAAGGAGCUGAGGGAGAAAAUACAGGUGCUGGAGAACUACGAGCGGGAUGAGAGCAACCCAUCCACCCCAGGGGACUUCGUGCCCGCCAGCCUCUACAAUGCUCUCCAACGUGAGCUGGAGCAGUUGCGGGCGCAGCGCUUGGAGCCACCGCGGGGCACGGAUGCGAGGGACGAGGCUGGUGGGCAGCCGGAGGGGCAGACCGGUGCCUCGGAGCAAACCCCAGAGCAAAUUGGGGAGGGGAAUGUGGUGCAGCAGCUCGCCGAGGAGCCAGCCUGGACCUGGGGCGAGUGCAAGGCGGCGCUGGGCGAGCUGCAGGUGCCACGCACGCAGACCUCCUCCUCCGCAGCCGAGCGGGAGGCCGGUGCUGAGCUGGCGGAGGCCCGGGCAGCCCUGCGGCAGGCGCAGGCGGCACUGGAGGAGCGGGAGCAGCAGGUGAAGGAGCUGCAGGCCCGUUUGGAGGCUGGUGCGGAGGCCGAGGCAUCGAGGGAGAAGGAGGCCUUGCUGGAGCGCUGCGGCCGGGCAGAGGCGGAGGCGGAGGCCCUGCGGCAGGAGCUGGAGGCCAAGACGCGGGACUGGCGGGCGGCAGGCGGCCCUGAGCCGGAGGUGCUGGAGCGACGGGUGGCAGAGCUGGUGCGGCAGCACGAGGAGGUGACGGCCCAGCUGGGGCAGCUGCGGGAGACGCUGGGUCGCAGGGAGGCCGAGCUGGGCACCCUGCGGGAGCAGCUGGCCACCCGGCCGGUGGGGCAGCGGGAGCACGAGGAGGCCCUGGCGCGGAAGCAGCUGGCGGAGGCACAUGCCGAGGCACGGCGGCUGCGGGAGCUCCAUGGCCACGCUGAGGACUCGGCCCGGCUGGUCAGGGACAGGGACAGGAAGAUCACUGAGCUCUCUAAGGAGGUCUUCAGGCUGAAGGAAGCCCUGAAUGCCCUCCCCGAGUCCCGGGGACCACCGCAGUCACCCCCCGACGCUGCCACACUCCAGGCCAGGAUCCGUGCGCUAGAGGAUAAGCUGGCGGUGGGAGACCGAAAUGCAGCACAGCAAGGUGGUGACACUGUACCGGAGCCACCUGCUCUACGCAGUGCAGGUGAGGGCCACAUGGACGAGGACGUGCAGAGACUCCUGUGCCAGAUCCUGAGGAUGCAGCGGCUGCAGGAGCAGGGCAGAUGA